AGUAGAUUAAGACUUCAUGAUCGUAUUUGAAUAACCAAUCCAUACACAUGUAGUAUGUUAAAGUAAAUUUGUUUUAUUUGUAGACCAAUUUAUGUUACUCAAUUACAAAGUUCAAUUUUAGGUUUCAAGAGAUUACAAUAAUACUUUUCAAUACAUAAUAAUUAGUAAUUACCUACACUUAGCAAAAUGUAUGAAAUAAAUUAUAUUUAUUACGUAUGAACUAACCUUAAAAUCUACGUCCUCCCUCUUACCUCCGACAAACCUAUUCAAGGGAAGUUUACCUUUUUUAGCCAACGAUAUAUAUAAUAAAUUUCUUGAAGGAAACUUUUGGUGAUCACAUUAUCUCGGGUCGUGGGUCUGUGGCGUAACCUUCAAGAUCGUGCGAUUUAAUACCGCUGGGUUAUUUUUGUGAGAUUAUAUGAAGUCGCUUGUCAUAUGCAGCUAAGUUCGAGACGAUUGACGCCUUGGGAGAGAUUAUUUGGCGCGGUAUUGCUGAUAUACAGUCCCAAUUGUUCGAUAAGGUGGUCGAAUAUUGGGCUGUCAGCUGGAAUUUAUUCGGUAUCCAAUUUCCAUCCAACAGAGGUUGAAUAAUAUUUUGUAUUAAAUAUGUAUAAAUCUUUCCCUUGAAAUUAUUGUGUGCAAGGCAAAUUAGUUUAUCGAAAAAAAAAAUUGCAAAGUGAACUUUUUUAGAGUUCGCAGAGUUGAAGACUUUAACAUUUGAUAUUUCCACGAAUAACCUCACUUUGUACCAUUGGCAUUUCUCCCAGGGCACUUAUAGGGAUUCACACCCCAAAUGAAUUGCAUACUUAUAAGUGAAUCCGAGCACAGUUGGAGACCGCUGAGAAUUCAAGAGACAUAUGAGAUGCGCUUACUACUCACCUUAACGCCGACCACAAAUUGCUAACAAGCGUGCGCAUACUUUCUUCUGAGAUCAGCCAAAUUAUUGUGAUUCUAUUUUUUCCAUGCCAUCGCUCGUGCUCAACAACUCAAACUUACUCACACUUGCUCACAGGUAUCAAAAAACUAAUCAAAAAGCUGCCCACUGUUGCCGCCCGCUGUCUCUAGCUACAAAUCCGACUACGACAACUCAGUAGCCAACUUACACAACCGGAAUAUAUAAGCGAUAGAGACAGUGCUGCGCAGCAAGCUCCCAAUUUAGUGCUCAAUUUAAGGUAGAGCAUUUUAUAAUUUUUCAUUGGUUCGGUUGUAUGUAAGUACGUGUGUAUAUUUGCUCACCCGCUAAAUGAACAAAUAUAAGAAAAAUAUUAUUACAACAAUUCGAGGCGCAAAAAAGCACAAUAUCAGGAAAAUUUAUAAUUUGUUUGUAUAUGUUUUCAUUCUGCUGACGGCUGUAGUGGCAGCACUACAAACAAAUUGCGAUCAUUGCUAUCUGGCUCAGUGUCGAGAGUGCACUGUGUAUGGAAAUCGCACUUACGCUUAUUACAUUUGGUAUAUAAUAAAACCGCAAAGCAAAGGGGACAAAGUGAGAGGUUAGAAUUGGAUAAGGGUUGUAAGUUAUGGUUAUUGCAUCAACAUACAUCAUACCGAUAACGUGGAGAGCCUUCUUUGCAAAAAGUGAAGUACUAAUAUACAUGGUUUUAAGGUUUUCUAGGAAUUGCUCAUAGUUGUCAUUCUAAUUUUUACUUCAGAGAUUGUUAUAUAUUAUGUUACAAUAGCUAUAUUGGAAAUAUGCUUUGACCUGGACUGUUCCAUUUAAAUUGUUUUGAAGAGUCUAUAUUCUUACUAAUAAAAGUAUUUUAUCGACUUGUAUAGUACAUAUGCUAAAGGCGGGCGUUUACUAAACUAGUCUCGAAGUCUGUAUUGGAGUGGAAAAUAAUGCAAUUUUUCUAAUAAAUUUUCAUUCUACGUUUGUUGUGCUCAAAACUAGUCGGAUCUAAUGCAGAAUUUAUUUACCAUAAAAUAUUAAUAAUUAAGUUUCCAAACUUUUUUUAUAUACUUUUGAUGUUUUGAAAGAUUUUGGUUGAAGUUGGUUUAUUUUUUUUGUUUUUUUUUUUGAAAAUUCUAUACUAUUUUGCAUUAACAGAUCACUUUUUAACCGACCUCCUAAAUUUGUGAAAAUUUCGGAGUUAAUGUUGUUGUUUCUGUAGAGAGAUUUUCUUAUUUUAACGAUCAUCCUUUUGCCGAUCACUUGAAAUAGAACUGUAACUUUAUUAACUGCUCUAGUUGGUUGCAGUUUGUACUAGUUUUACUGCAUAGUUGUGUUCACAGUCUCCUUGGUGACAUAACCGUUUAACACUAACAGUUGAAAAGUUGAUUGUAUGAAAAAAUAGCAGAAACUUCGGAUGAUUACUAAGAUAACACAAAAUCGAUAUUAUAUCUGGGCAACAAAACCACUGUAUACCAGUGUAAUUCAUGGUAUUUGCCAUAAUUAUGUAACGCUCUGAACUUAAAACCCAUUAAGGAUAUGGUUUAAAAUAGUUGCGAUCAAACAACUUAUUUUUUGCACCAACUUUCAGCGACACCAAACCACUGUGCUUGCUUUCACGUCAUUACCCACAGACACAAGUAGUGUGUGCUAUCUCGGCCGCUUCUUCGUUUGAUCGCAAUCUUUGACGUUGUUGACUGUGUAGCUCCUCGCUAGCGCUACAGCUGACUUCGGCUGCUACUUAGCUGGCGGUCUGGCUGGUUGGCUAACUUGCUGAUGUCAACCGCAAGGAGAGCUGAAUAAUAAUGUAUUGUAUUGUUGAGCAGCUCGCCAGCUAUAGCUAUAGCUACAACUUUGCUACUUUCAAUUAAUGCGAAUUGUAUUGUAGGUGCGCGCAUACGAAUCGUUGAAGAGCACAACAGCUACUCAGAAGACCACACGAACUCAUACCCGGUACACGUACCACAUGUAUUCGCGCCGCGCGACGACAACCACAAACGAUUUAUUCCACAGCUUUUUCAAGUAAACAGCCAUCGCUCCGUAUCUACCUUUUAUAAUAUUAUAUUUAGUAGAAGUUAACGUCGAUGACGGCGAACGACGGUUCGAAGUUUGCUUUAAAAUUAUAAACGGUUGUGGGAAUCAACGUGUUUUCGAGCUGCUCGGUGCUAUACAUUUUUACGGUAUUUAUUGAAUUCCAACUUGCGAAUUCGGAAACAACAACGGGGGAAAAGCUAGAUUUCGUAGAAACCACACGCGUCGACCCAAAGAUAUUGCAAAAAUUUUCACUGAGAUAUUAGCGCAGGCAUCUGAUUGCCGCCGUUAUGACAAGCUUAAAUGGUGAUGCUUUCGUUAUGCGAAACGGUCGCUCCACAAGCCAAGUAUCCAUCUAUAACUACCCCGAACACCUCAAUCCAUUCUACGAAGAUGAACAACACAAACGUUUGCGUUUCUGGAAAAUAAAUAAAUCUAAUGACGGGAGCGGUCGGCGAAGUAGUUUUUCUUUGGGUGGUCUCAAGGAUGUGUGGACAUUCAAGUCAUUUCGCCUUAAGAAGAAGUCCUCAACAUUGGGCAUAAACAAAACAUCAGAAAGCCCACCACCACUACGUCGAGAUCUGCAGCCAUAUAAUACGUUGAAUGGAAAUGAUCUUAGCCUACCCGAUUAUCGCACUCGUUACUCCACACCAGCAGGCAUCAAUGAGAGCUUUCAACGCAAUGCGGCAUACAGGAGUUCACUACAGAACGUGGCUUCUGCGAAGGAAAAUGGUGGCUCACAUUUGGAUUUCAAUCGAAAUAAUCAGUAUCGUAGCACCAUACAGGUGAUGGGCACAAAAUUCAACAAUCACAACAAUAACAGUUCACGCACAACACCGGUGCCACAACCAAGAAGGUAUGUGUACGGUGGGUCUGUGACGCCACAGCCACUCCGUAAUUCUGAUAUCGGUGCAGGCAUUGGUCUAUCACAUGGAUCAUCGCAAAUUAGUAUGGCAAGCACAAAUCCAUUUGAAACUGAUGAUGAUGACUACGAAAAUAAUGAAGAUGUUUCACUGGCCGGCGACAGAGAGAUGAUCACUUCAACACCCAUUAAACAACGAAUACACCGUAAAAAACGUCGUGCACCUGCGCCGCCAACCGUUGGGGUCAACAAAACGUACUCGUCUGCGGAUUCUAGUCUCGAUAUGUCACAACCGCCACAACCCCUUCCUGAACUGCGCAUAGAAGAAUGCAUGGACAUUGCAAAUCUUACAGCUGCUAUAGAAAAUUUCGUUAAAACAACAAAUGAAGACACAGCGGAACCAACUCCAAUCGCAACAAUAAAUCAACAGACGGAACAUGAACAGACUACUAGUGAGGUCGUAAUAAAACAAAAUGGCGUCGCUAACCCUAUACGUGAGGAUGCGUUGCCAAGUUCGAGCCAAGUAACUCUAGAAACUACUGCGAUUGCGAAUAAACAAAAGUUCGAUGAAAGUGUUACGGUCGAAACGAAAGAAAGUUUAGAACCCGACAGCAUCAAAGUGCCAAUACCUGCAAAUCAACCGCAACUUAACAAGGAGCAGGAAGUGGGACAUGUGGAAUGUAUACAUGUUCACACGGGUAGUCCACAAACUCCAACAGCGGCUAAACGGUCCAACGAAGCCAGCCAGUUGACAAGUUUUCGAAGCAGUCAAACUCGUUCGCCCGAACCAAAACAGCCGAUUACAGCAAAAACAUCAUUUACUCUUACUACACCGCCUACGACACGACGUGACUCCACCAAGAAAGCUAAAAUCACAUUACAUACUACGGAACCGUUGAAAUUCCCAGAAACUGACGAGCUACGAAUUACCGAGGACAUCACCACACCUACAGCUACAACAUCACCAAAUGCUGUGAAACCCGCUCUGGCCACUAAACCACACAUUGCUGAAAUUCACAAACCAGCAAGAGGUAUUACAAGCACAACAACCGUUGAACAUAAGGAAAUACUGAGAGAACAUCGAGAGCCGCCAAUAAGUCCCGUGCCACCAGUACGUCAAAGCACACUUACGAAACAUGCACACAAACUAGUUUCGAAAGAAGCCGACACAGAGAAACCGUUAAAUAUAGUAACAACAAACACAGAAAGUCCAGUAGAAGCAGAAGUAGUACCCACCACUUCCGCACAAGCGCUAACCAUCACGGAAUCAGACGACAAGUUACUAGGGAAAGAAGAGGCUUUUAGUGAUGACAUUAAGAACAGUGUACUUACAAAUGUGACGGCAACCGUGCAUCAAACACAAUCGCCCACAGAGCUGCGAGAGGAAGUACUCGAGUCAUUAUAUCGACCAAAACCGAACCCUUCAUACCUGGAAUGGAAGAAAUCAUCGCUAGCACCACUAGAAAAGAAUGUGCCACCCGAAAAACGUAAGUCUGUCAAGGAUAUCAUUGAAUCGAUCAACAGAAGUCAACGUUUAUUAAACGCAUCCGCGCACAAAGAUACAGCACACAACGGUUCGAGUUUAUCCAUCGGUCCGAGCAGCGGUAAUGGUACACCUUUACCACAGCGCAAGUUUAGCGGUCCGUCGGCGGUUGAGAGAAAUCUCGCCAGAGAGAUACAACGCACAGAACUUAACGGUAAUGGCACAAUGUCUGGUGGGCAAAACGACGAUUUACCUACAACAUCGACGGCAGCUGUAACACCAUUGAAUGAUUAUGAUAAUGUAAACGGCAAUGGCAGCGGUCUGGCACAAGAUCCACAAAAAUUAAACAAUAAUGAAAUAUUUAAGAAAUGUACAGUAAAGAAAGAGAUGCAAUAUGACUAUAGAGAACAAUCGCCAACAGCUUCCAAUCUCGAUUGGAAUCCGGUGCCGAAACCGAAGCGUAACAAGAACUUGUCAGAACAAUGAGGGAAUAGUUCGUUUAUGAUUUUGUUUACCCGUCGUAGUAAUUUUAAAGUGAAAUUAAAGCUUUCAUAAACCUCUUAACCACAUUCGGAUGAAAUAAUGUAAUUUACAAGAGACGUUUGUAACUGUGUGGAGAAUAGGAAAUUUUCUUAAAUUGAAGAAUGCGCCCGAAGUUAUAUGUACUUGGUGUCUCGGCAAUUAUUGUAUAUUGUAUGGCAGUAUAUUGCAUACUUUUAGGCGAAUAUAUAUUUAUAUUUUUGUGAGACCUCCGGUAGCUACUUUUUUUAUCCAUAAGAGGUGCUAUGUGUGCUCAAUAGCGUGCUCACUAAAUGAGUAAAUUUGUUUAUUAACAGAGUGCUCCAUAUUAUUUUCUUCUUCAUUACAUUGUACUUGAUGGUGCACUCUGCUCCAAGCAAACAUUUGUUAAUAAUUAUAAUAAUUUUAUUUUGCAUUAUUUUAAUAAAUGAACAUUAUAUCUACCAAAGAGAUCUACCAAGGAUAUCUAUAUACGUAUGUAUGUACGUAUGUGUGUAUGUACUCAUAUACAUAUGUGAGUGAUCGAUUAGAUGCGUGCAGGAUCUGAAAUGCAAUAUUGGCCCCACUUAACGCAUAACGGUACGGCUGCCAAGCUGGUAACAUACAAAUACAUAUAUUUAAUUAAAUUUAAAUAUAUUUAUAUUAAUCAUUAACAUAACUGGUACUUUAUACAAUACUUUGUUAUACUGAGCUAAAUGUGCAAUUGUCUGCUUAGUUAUUAGACUAAAUAAAUGAAUAUAUUUUACCUAGUUCAAAUUAUUGGGUAUUAUAACAAAUAACUGUUUUCUUAAUAUAUGUAUGUAUGUAUAUAUUUGUAUAUUUAUGUAUAUGUAUAUCGCACAAUAUAUAAUUGACAAUAAAUUUGAACGAGAAAUAUUUGUACACUUACACGCACACUGUGCACGAGGCACGUACAUACAUAUGUACCUGGCGCUAGAAAAUUUGAAA